UGUUUCCCGGUGUCUUUGGGUAGCAGGACCCCGCCGUGCAGCCAGCCCCCCCGGUGCCAUGUCCAACAGCUGUCUCGGUAAAGGGUCGCAGCUCAUCUGAAGGGGGAAGGUAGCACCUCGCUUUGAGGAGGACAGAAGAUUUAAGAAAAGAGAAAGAAGACUGAGCAGUUGCGGAGAGAGGGGGGAUAUAUAACUGACACCCCCCCCUCCGCUCCUCACUAAACAGGGCAAAAACGGAAGGCUUUGGAGUAUUCAAUUUUUUCUUUCGCUUUAUAUUUUUCUUAUUCCUCAUCGCGGUGCUGGGAGGUGCUUCAUCUUUUCAUAUAGUCUCUCUCUCCGUCACUUGCCUUCUCAUCUAUUUCUCCAUCUACCUGGUUUACAAUUUCCUCUAUUUAUGAGUGAGAGAGAAGAGGAAGGACGGAGGAGUUUUGUACGAGUUUUCUGUCCUUCCUUUCCUUCUCUCCUCUCUUCCCCCCUUUUUUCACCAAACCAUACCAUACCCGUCAGUCCCUCCCUGCCAUUGCAUUUCUAGCUGCCACCAUCCGUUCAUCACUCCCCACCGUACGCCUUUCUGUCUCACAAGUCUGAUGUAAUAUGAACUUGGAUGAUUUUUUUUUUCUCUUUUUCAAAGACAACAAAAAAACCUCCUCAUGAAUGACUCUUUUUUCCCCUUUUCCUUCUCUUUUGGUCCCUCCACACCCAUUUUCUUUGCAUCACACCCGUGCGGGAUUCUUAAAUGUUACUCUAGACUGAGAGAGAGGAGAGCGCAGAGCGGCCCGCCAAACCCAUCAUCAUGACCGGCUGAAGCAACGCCAAGGCAAGCACAGCCAGAAGAAGAAGAAGAAGAAGAAGGAGAAGGAAGGGAGGGAGAGAAGAAGAAGACGAGGAGUACGUGCAGACCCGCUGCUGCUCAUCUCCACGGCAACUGUGUUCUCGCCAGCUCACAGACUUCUGGGAGGAGACCUUGGCGCGCUGCAUCGUCGGCGUUGGAGGAAGGGAAAGGGAGUCGGAUGGAACGGGAUCAAUGAAGGAGCGUCCCUCCAUCGCUCGCCAUCUGCCAUCGUUGUGAUUCCUUUCGUUGAGUUCACACACUGACAUUUUUAGUUGAUUUUGUUGAACUUUUUAAAAGUCAAAAGCAUAUCUUUUUUUAGCCUCUUUAUAUGUCAAAAUCGUUGUUUGUACACGAUUGAUGGUCCAACUACAGUCCAAAAAACAAUCACCUCCACCCCCACUCAAACCAAGACUCCCCACCUGUCGCUCUGCCAGACCCCCGACCUCAGUCUGCCGCCGCACGGGGACUUCAUCUGUCUACCAUCCCUCCACCCGAGGCUAUGAGAGGAGGAGUCCAACCCCACAUCACUCCUUCAGGCCAGUUCUGAAGAGCAGAGAGGAGAUCCGGGCUGGCAAUGUUCAAGGGACGGCAUUCACACUCCUCCACAAUGCUUGUCAGCCUCCACCUUCCUCCCUCCCGUCUUCACGACAAGCGCUUCGUCUCCUUCCUUUCCUCCCCCCAGCAUCCUCCUUCUCCUCCCCCAGACCGGCCCUCUCGCCGGCCUUAUCUUUGGCCAACCCCGCCCUUGCUCUCCUUGUCCUUCUCUCUGCUCCUGCUCUCCACACUCAUGCUACCCGUCUGCGAGUCUCGCAGGGCCGGAGGAGGGACAGGCACGGGGCCCGGAGGGGCCCCCGGGGGACAAGGCGGCCAGAGGGGAGGCGGCACCCAGAGGGGCGUCGUCAUCCCUCCCCAGUACUCUCCCGCCUCACCGGCUGUCCCGCCAAUCGGUCCCAAAAUGAUCAACUCCCUCAGCAUAGCCGUCAUCCUGGUGGGCAACUCCAGUGACGUGACCCUGGGGGCCGGACUGGAGAAAGAGGACUUCCUCCACAUCCCUUACCCUCCUAAAGUCGAGUUGGUCACCAUGAACGAGACCGACCCAAAGAGCAUCAUCAAUCGCAUCUGCGCACAAAUGACGAGGAGCUCUCUGCAAGGCGUGGUGUUCGGUGACGACACGGACCAGGAGGCCAUCGCCCAGAUCCUGGACUUCAUAUCCGCCCAGACACACAUUCCCAUCCUGGGCAUCAGGGGAGGCUCCUCCAUGGUCAUGGCCGCCAAGGACGACCACUCCAUGUUUUUCCAGUUCGGUCCGUCCAUCGAGCAGCAGGCCUCCGUCAUGUUGAACAUCAUGGAGGAGUAUGACUGGUACAUCUUCUCCAUAGUCACCACGUACUACCCUGGCUACCAGGACUUUGUCAACAAGGUCCGAAGCACCAUUGACAACAGCUUCGUCGGGUGGGAGCUGGAAGAAGUCUUCCUGCUGGACAUGUCCGUGGACGACGGAGACUCCAAGAUCCAGAACCAGCUGAAGAAGCUGCAGAGUCCUGUCAUCCUGCUCUACUGCACCAAGGAGGAGGCCAGCACCAUCUUCGAGGUGGCCCAUUCCGUGGGCCUCACGGGUUACGGCUUCACAUGGAUCGUCCCGUCGCUGGUCGCGGGAGACGCGGACCACGUCCCCGAUGUCUUCCCCACAGGGCUCAUCUCAGUGUCGUAUGACGAAUGGGACUACAACAUUGAAGCCAGAGUGCGUGAUGCAGUGGCGGUCAUCGCCACGGCGACCUCCACCAUGAUGCUGGACCGCGGGCCGCACACGCUGCUUAAGUCGAGCUGCUUUGGGACGCCUGACAAAAAGAGCUCCAACACCGUCCACUCCAGGGAAAUAUUGAAGUACCUCAUGAAUGUGACGUUUGAAGGCCGUAACCUGUCAUUUAGCGAAGAAGGUCACCAGAUGUUCCCCAAACUGGUCAUCAUUCUCCUGGACAAGGACAGACAGUGGGACAGGGUUGGCAAGUGGGAGAGAGGCUCUCUGACGAUGAGGUACCAUGUGUGGCCUCGCUUUGAGCUGUACUCUGCGGCGGAGGAGCGCGAGGACCACCUGUCCAUCGUGACUCUGGAGGAAGCGCCGUUUGUCAUCGUGGAGGACGUGGAUCCGCUGAGUGGCACCUGCAUGAGGAACACUGUGCCGUGCCGCAAACAACUCAAACUCAGCAAUCAGACUGGCGAUUCAGGGAUUUACAUCAAGCGCUGCUGCAAAGGUUUCUGUAUUGACAUCCUGAAGAAGAUUGCCAAGGCGGUCAAGUUUACUUACGACCUCUACCUGGUCACCAACGGCAAACAUGGCAAGAAGGUUAAUGGGACAUGGAACGGCCUGGUUGGAGAGGUGGUGCUGAAGAAUGCCCACAUGGCAGUGGGUUCGCUCACCAUCAACGAGGAGAGGUCCGAGGUCAUUGACUUCUCCGUGCCCUUCAUCGAGACGGGGAUCAGUGUCAUGGUCUCCCGUAGCAACGGCACCGUGUCCCCCUCUGCAUUCCUCGAGCCCUUCAGCGCCGACGUCUGGGUGAUGAUGUUUGUGAUGCUGCUGUUGGUGUCGGCCGUGUCUGUGUUUGUGUUUGAGUACUUCAGCCCUGUGGGUUACAAUCGUUGCCUGGCAGAUGGACGAGAACCCGGCGGCCCCUCUUUCACCAUCGGUAAGGCCGUGUGGCUGCUUUGGGGUCUGGUGUUCAACAACUCCGUCCCCGUGCAGAACCCCAAGGGGACCACCAGUAAGAUCAUGGUGUCCGUGUGGGCCUUCUUCGCUGUCAUCUUCCUGGCCUCCUACACUGCCAACCUCGCCGCCUUCAUGAUCCAGGAGGAGUACGUGGACCAGGUGUCGGGCCUGUCGGAUAAGAAGUUCCAGAAUCCCAAUGAGUUCUCACCCCCGUUCCGGUUCGGCACGGUGCCCAACGGGAGCACGGAGCGCAACAUCCGCAACAACUACCGGGACAUGCACAGCUACAUGACCAGCUUCCACCAGAAGAACGUGGACGAGGCGCUGUACAGUCUGAAGAGCGGCAAACUGGACGCUUUCAUCUACGACGCGGCGGUGCUGAACUACAUGGCGGGCAGAGACGAGGGCUGUAAGCUGGUCACCAUCGGCAGCGGCAAGGUGUUCGCCUCCACCGGCUACGGCAUCGCCAUCCAGAAGGACUCCGGCUGGAAGCGAGCCGUGGAUCUGGCCAUCCUAAUGCUGUUUGGAGAUGGGGACAUGGAGGAGUUUGAGGCCCUGUGGCUGACGGGCAUCUGUCACAACGAGAAGAACGAGGUGAUGAGCAGCCAGCUGGACGUGGACAACAUGGCGGGGGUCUUCUACAUGCUCGGCGCCGCCAUGAUCCUGUCGCUGAUCACCUUCAUCUGUGAACACUGGUUCUACUGGCAGCUGCGCUUCUGCUUCAUGGGCACGUGCACGGGGCAGCCCGGCGCCACCUUCUCCAUCAGCAGGGGUAUCUGGAGCUGCAUCCACGGGAUACAGAUCGAGGAAAACAAGUCCACCGCGGACUCGCCGUCGGCCACCAUGAAGAAGAACAUGAACAACACCCACUCCAACAUCCUGCGCUUGCUGCGCACCGCCAAGGACAUGACCGCCGUGCCGGGCAUUAACGGCUCGCCGCACGCCGCCCUGGAGUACGGCCACAGCGGCCGCGACUCGGCCAUCUACGACAUCCAGGAGCACCGGCGCAGCCUGGUGGGCCACCCCGUCGACUGCAAGGCAGCGCCGCCCUACCUGCCCGAGGACAACAUGUUCAGUGACUACAUCAGCGAGGUGGAGAGGACUUUUGGCAACUUGCCCCUGAAGGACAGCAACCUGUACCAGGACCAUUACCUGCACCACCACCCGGCCUCGGCUCUGGGUAUGUCCGGCCCGGCGCCAAACAGGCCGCGUAGCUUAGGCAGCACUAGCUCGUUGGAGGGGGGCAUGUUCGAUUGCGACAGUCUAGGGGGAGGGGUAGCGCCCAUCUUCACCACCCAGCCCCGGCCCUCCAUGACGCACAGGAAUACAAAACAGUUUGACCUGAUCACCGGCCACGCCCCAGCGGACUCCGGCCAGGGGGGGUUCAAGGGAAGCAACGUGUACGGCAGGUUUUCUUUCAAAGGAGGUGCAUCCAGCGCGGGGCUCAUCGGGGGUCCCGACAGGUACUGUGGCGGGCGCGGGGGAGGCUCAGGGGGGGAAGAUGGGAACAUUCGCUCCGACGUCUCGGACAUCUCCACGCACACCGUCACCUACGGCAACCUGGAGGGAAACAACAAGCGGCGUAAGCAGUACAGGGACAGCCUGAAAAAGAGGCCCGCCUCGGCCAAGUGCCGACGGGAGCAGGACGAGAUAGAGCUGAGCGGCCUGAGGAGGAGAGCCCACCACCACACCGUCCACCACCACUUCCCCCACGGGCCCCUGGCACACCGCACGGUCUCACCUCCCCUGGAGCGCAAGAGGGGAGGCGGAGGGGGUAAUUCUUCACCUUACUUAUUCCGCAAGGACAAAGAGAACCUGAGGGAUUUCUAUGCGGACCAGUUCCGCGCCAAGGAGGGCAAGUCCAAGUGGGAGCAAGAGGGUGGAGGAAGCGGCGUGGGCGGUGGUAGUGGUGGUGGUAUCUGUAAAAGCUUAGUACCCGUGGAAGACUUCCUCAAAGGUAAAGGCAAGAAGCCCGAGGGUAAAGGCGGGCUGGGCUCGGUGUCGGCGGGGCAGCAGGCCCACACCUGCUGGGAGCAGGGGGUAUCGGGGCUGGGGGGCGGGGGCAUCGCAGGGGGCGACUGGGAGUGUCGGAACUCCCACAACGCCUGUCACCACGGCGGCGGCGGCGGUGGCGCGGGAGGGGGCGGCGUUUGCCAUUCUAGCGGCGUCGGCGGCAGUCGCCCCAGCUCCGCUAGCUGCAAGCGCUGUGACUCGGGUAAGAUCCCGCCGAGCAACCUUUACAACAUCAGCGAGGACAACAUGGCGUUCGCCGGAGUGAAGAGUAGCGUAGCGACCGGCCAGGCGCAGGCGCAGCGCAGGAAGCUCGGGGCGGGCGGGCGGGUGUUACGGAGGCAGCACUCGUACGACACCUUUGUGGACCUGCAGAGAGAGGGGGCGGGUCGCGUGGGAGGCGGCGGCGGCGGCGGAGGGCAGUUUCCCCAGCCGCGCAGCGUGAGCUUGAAAGACAGGGAGCGCUCCAUGGAGGGCCCCAGCCCUUACGCUCACAUGUUCGAGAGGUACGCGGGCGAGAGAGAGUCCUCCAUGUUCGGCGGAGUAGGCGGGGACAGGGCGAAAGGAGGCUCCUCCUUCAGUCUGUUCCGUGGAGGCGAAGGUGGGUCGCACAAGCGCUCCGUCGGGGAGAGAGACCUGAGGGACAGAGAUAGAGCUAUGAUGGGAGGUGGGGGCUGUGGUGGUGGUGGUGGUGGUGGUGGUGGUGGCGGUAGCAGCAGAGGGGCCGGGACUUACUCCUUGUCUAAAUCUCUCUACCCAGAUAAGGUGAACCAGAACCCCUUCAUCCCGACCUUCGGCGAUGACCAGUGUCUAUUACACGGCGCCCAACCGUACUACGUCAAAAAGCCACAGACGCCGCAGCAGCAGCAGCAACUUCUCAACAACAGCCGAGGAGGAGGCGACUUCCGCGGCUCCAUGGGAACCGCUUCCUAUUUGCCCGCGUCCGCCACAGCUGGGGUCAUGUCCAACGUGGCCCCCAGGUUCCCCAACGACUUGUGUCUGGGCGGGGUGGGGGGGCCCAUGGGGAACCACCACGGGGCCAGCAAGCUACUGCCGCUGGGCAGGGACACGUUGGGUCUGGGGCCGGGACAGAGAACCUUCAACGGCGCCAGCAACGGACACGUUUAUGAAAAGCUCUCCAGCAUUGAGUCCGACGUCUGAGGGGGGAGGGAGGGGGGGGGGGGGGGGGCAGGGACAGAGCGGCAGAAGAUAAAGCGGGGCGAAGAAAACAUGGAGAGAAACUCAUAGACGCCGACGACGUCUCGGCGCGCCUAGAACGAGGAGACGCGAUGCCGCGUGUCCUUCUCACGAAAUCUGGACGAUGCACAGAGGCCACCGCAGCCUCGGCUGGGAAGUCCGGCGGGAGACAAGUUCGUAAUGAGAAGAGAGGAUUCUGGUGCUGCUCCGACGCUCAGAGAGAGACGGUGAAGGAGGGAGGAGGGGGGAGGAGGGGGGAGAAAUCAGAUCUCCAGUCUCUGCUCUCUGCACACGCUCGUCUUCUUUCCCUGCGGUCCCUUAACACCAAAACCAACGUUUUGUUCAACAACAGAAAUACAAUCAUGAAUGAGAAAUCGACGCUUCUGUUGAAGUAACAGGGUAAACUAAUAAUAAUUGUGUUGAUAAUGUUAAUAAUAUUACUGAAUAUUAUUCCAGUGUUUAACGAUGAUCGGUUUCUGAUUGUUUUCCUUUUCUUUCUUUCCCUUUUCUUGCUUUAAAUAGUUCAUGUUACAUAUUUGUGUGAUGUUCUCUCUUAGCUUACCACGCAGGACACCGGUCGUCCGAUCUACUUCUGGGGUUUCCUGUACUUUGGACUCUUCUUUGCUAUUAAUUCUUCAUGUUUGAUUUUAUUACUUUUUUUAAACCGUUUCUUACUCUUGAGUGCUGUGAAGUGUAUGUGAACGGCAUGACUUGCGGAGUACAUUCUAUGUACUUAUAAAUUUGCACAGAAGGUCUCUUUUUUUCCCUCCUGUCAGCUGUAGAAGCAUCAUCACACUGAUUUGACUGAUUCGUUUCCUCUCCGUUGUCUUUCCGCUCGGCCGCACCAGAUGGGUCUCACAUUUCGAGCUGGAUGUGCCUUAAAAGAUUGAUACUGAUUUUCUACACACUGGGAUCUGUUCUGUCGGCACACAGAUCCACCUGCAAUCGAUUAGUGGAAUCGAUCAGUUUGAAAACAGACUUUCACGAGCACAACAGACUUUGAUGUGGUAACACAAAGCUGCCGAGAGGACGCUGAAAUUCCCACGUCAAACAGACCCAGGAGCAGGUUUUCACGGGUUAAAUCCGCGGCGCCAUGAUAAACACGCGUUCCUGCCCCCACGCCAACAACACGCAACGCCGGCUCAGCGGAGCCGUGACACGCUAAGACGGGAAAUGUAGGAGCUCCUUCGACUUUUACCUCCGCCAUUAAUCUCAACUCCUUCAUUCAAAAUCCUUUUGGAUUUUGCCUCCUCAAACACUGUUCAUGACAAACGAGCCCGGGAUCCAACUUUAUUCAAUCAAACCCACGACAAUCACCUUUAAUGUCCACUCAUUGCGCUCCGUUGGGUCAGGCUCAACUGGCCGUGACAGCUCUGUGCUCUCCGGGUCGGGACACAUAAUGGACUCACAGAUUGAGCAGCGGGGACGUUCAUUAUUUCACCAGAGCUGCUUUAGGCUCAGCCGGCUGCGUUGGAGGGUCUCAUUUGAAUGAUGUGACUCGGCUGAUCUUCAUCUCCAUAGAGUGACGUCUCACACAGUGUUGCUACAGCUGAAGUGUGACAUGGACAUGUGGGACGGGUCGCUGCUGGACUGUCUUGUGGUUGCCACGACGUAAAACCCACCACUCCUCUUCUUUAUGCAGAUUUGAGAUCUGAGAGUGAUAUCAAUCGUCUUUACCAACAAGGAAAUAAUGCGCAUUGUCCCAAAUUGUCAGACUAUCCCGUCCACGGGGAACGAGAGAACCGUGGCGGUACAAGUCGGUCCCGUUUACCGACAGAACGUAAAAGAAUCAUUUCAUCAUGUCCUGUUCCCUUGAUUCCUUGAACCCCCCCACCGGAGCCUAAUCUGUUUCACACGCUGAGGUUUCCACCAUGAAGGAAUGUGGCCUCGUUCCUCCGAAAGGUCCCGCGUGGACGGCGUCAGCUGCAGAGAGGAGGACGAGGAAGGCGAGUAGCCGGCGUCCUGGAGGCAGGUGGUGCGUUUAGUGAGAAGCAUCUUCAGACACGCCGGUCAUCUCCACACACGUUGCGUUUACUAAAAAUGGCUUUGGUCGCGUUGUCUACUCUUUAUUUACGGUUACUUAUUGUCGCCGGACUUUUAGUCCAAACCAAAUUUGACUACCUGAGCACAAUCUGACUGAAUGGGUGGAACAUGUUUAGUUUGUUGGACAUUUCAGUCCAGUUUUGGAGGACUUUCCUCCCCUUGGUGGACUAGUCAGUAUGUAUGAUACUGGGGGGGGUGGAGAGUUUGUCAGCACCUGCAUGAACACACCUUUCUUUCUUUCUCUUUUUGGAUAUCAACGUUUAGCCCAGAAAAAAGGGCGUUUUUUUGGGGAACAAUAUUUGGACAAUAUUUUUCUGAACUUGAUUGGUACCGAUGAUCCAUGUAGUACUGUGGGUGCGUGUGUGCUUGUUUGUACAGAACAAAACACCAAUCUCAACCGUUUUAUUAACUUUUGGUCACACUUUCAUGAAUAUGGCUAAAUUUAUUGGAUAGAAAACUUUUAUUAUUAUCAUAAAUCUUCUACCAAAGUUUUCUUGAUAGUUUUUUGUUAAUGCUUUUAAACAAGGUUGAGGUCUUGAUUAAUACGUUCAUCGUCACUGAAGAAGCCUUUGUUUUUUUGAUUUCGACUACUUUUCCUGUUGUUUCCCCUUUCGGAUCUCCGGUUCCUUCCUUGCGUUGUUGUACGUGCCUGAUUACAGACGCUUGAUUACCUCUGUGUGCCGCCGGGGAGAGACGGAGAGCGUGUGAGAGGCGUUUGGUUGUACAUGUGUUAUAAAACUGUAUGUAAAUACUUUACCUCACGCUCAUGGACUUUUGAUAAAAUAUAAAACAAACAAAAACGUGUACAAAAAAAACAAAGAGCAGAGAAUAGAUCUAUUUGGGAUAAACCUUUGAUUCGUAGGAUGCCCCUUGCGAAAUUUAUUUUGUACCGACUGUGGGCCCGGAUAUGUGCAAUGGUUAGUUCUCACAGUGGACACGCAGCGCCUGGCGGCUCCUUGUCGCUUUGGUCUUUGGCCACAGGCCUCACAGCGCCGCCGCUGAUUGGUACUCAGAAAGCACAAUGGAUUCUCUAUUGGGUUCUUUUUUCUACACAGGAAGCCUCUUUCUGCUCCUCUUCGACUAAACUUCUGUUUCGCUUUGUUUUUGCUGCGGAAGACUUAAACAACUCCAUCCUGAGCUGUACAGAUUGUGAAAAAUGUACAUACGAGAACAAAAAAUCUAGUUCGCCCUCGCAUUUCUUUUUUGUAUGGAGAGAAAUUACUUGUGCGAAGAGAGUAUUUCGAAAUUGAAUAUUUAGUUAUAUUGAAAAUGAGAUUAAACACAGUCGAUGUGAAAAUAAGUGCUGGGAAAUAUUAUUCUUCUGUCUUUUUGGAAUAAAAGUGUUGAGUAUUAAUAAAAAAUAAGAAAUCUCAAGCUCA